AUGAAGUAUGAAAUGUUAGAUGAUUUUUCCAAUUCAAAAAAUGGUUUCUUUACUAGCGAAUCAACUAUUCAUAAACAAAAGGUUAUAUUAAAAAAGAUUGCUAAGCUUAAAAAGAGAAUCUCUGAACUUGAAGAUAUUUUUAUGGUGAAGGAAGUUACACCAAAAAAUAAAGUAAAAAAGGGGUAUAUUAUUGUAGAUGAAUCUUCUGAUGAUAAAACAAUAAAAAAAGCGAAAAAUAGACAAAUUAUAAAUAACUUUUCUAGUAACAAUGCUAAAAAAGAACUAUUAAACCAAUUAAAACAAAGUUGCCAACAAUUCUCUGAUGAUAUUGAAUUUUUUAGUGAUGAUCCCGAACAGAUAAAAGUUAUUGUUCAAAUAAAUAUUUAA